CUCCGAUACUUCCUCCAAGAAUGGCACCUCCUCAAAUCCCUCCUCGAUCAAAUCAUCGCCUCCGACGGCGCCUCUCAGCCCUCCAACAUCAACAGGCUCCGAUCAAUCAUCGACAAGUAUCAAGAGCAAGGCCAUCUCCUCGAACCCUACCUCGAGAUCGUCGUCUCCCCUCUAAUGUCCAUAGUCCGAUCUAAAGCAUCGCAGCCCGAUGUCACCGAAGCUCUCGAGAUCGUUAAACCUCUAUGCAUAAUUAUCUACUCACUGGUGACCGUUUGCGGUUACAAGAGCGUUAUCAGAUUCUUUCCUCACCAGGUCUCGGAUCUCGAGCUCGCCGUGACUCUUUUGGAGAAGAGCCAGCAUUGGAGUUCGGGGACUUCGCUGAGGCAGGAGAGCACUGGGGAGAUGGAGACGAAGUGUGUCCUGCUGCUGUGGAUGUAUAUUCUUGUUUUGAUUCCUUUUGAUCUGUCGACGGUGGAUACGAGUGUUGUGGAGGGUGGGUUUGAUAAUGGGGUUGAGAUUUCGCCUUUGGUUGUGAAAAUAUUGGAGAUUUCGAAGGGGUAUCUUUCGAGUGCGGGUCCGAUGAGGAGGAUUUCUGGAUUGGUGCUUUCGAGGCUUCUAACUCGCCCGGAUAUGCCAAAGGCCUUUAACAGCUUCAUGAGGUGGUCACAUGAAGUCCUGUUAUCUGUAGCAGAAGAAGCUACCGAUCAUUUUAAGUUGCUUGGUGUUGUUGAAGCUCUUGCUUCAAUAUUUAAGGUAGGCACUCGAAAAAUUUUGCUCAGUGUGGCCUUCACCACGUGGAAUAAUAGUUCGCUCUUGAUGAAAUCAGGCACUGCAAAUCGGAGUCCUUUACUUCGAAAGUUUGUUGUCAAGCUAUCUCAACGUAUUGGGCUUACUUGUUUGCCUCAUCGUUCUCCGUCAUGGCGCUACCUGGGGCACACUAAAUCACUAGGGGUACAUAUUUUGAAGAACACUGGUGAACAAAGUCAUUCCAGUGUGCAUGGUAUACAAGAUGCAGAGUGCGUAGAAGAAGAGGACAUGGACAUCCCAGAAAUUGUGGAGGAAAUCAUUGAGUUGUUAUUAUCAGGUUUGAGAGAUUCGGACACAGUAGUGCGAUGGUCUGCUGCAAAAGGUAUUGGUCGCAUGACAGCAUGCCUAACAUCUUCCCUUUCAGAUGAAGUGCUAUCGUCUGUGUUGGAACUAUUUUCCCCUGGCGAGGAAGACGGCUCAUGGCAUGGAGGUUGCUUAGCGGCUGGCAGAGUUGGCUCGUAGAGCUUGUUACUUCCUGUUAAUUUUCCUAAAGUAGUUCCUGUAAUUAUAAAGGCAUUACAUUAUGAUGUACGAAGGGGUCCUCAUAGCAUAGGAUCACAUGUUCGUGAUGCUGCCGCAUAUGUAUGCUGGGCAUUUGGUCGGGCUUACUCUAUCUCAGAUAUGAAAGGCAUUUUGGAAGAGUUGGCACCACAUCUCCUUACAGUUGCUUGUUAUGACCGUGAGGUAAAUUGUCGAAGAGCAGCAUCUGCUGCUUUUCAAGAAAAUGUUGGAAGGCAAGGGACUUUCCCACAUGGCAUUGACAUCGUGAAUGCAGCAGAUUAUUUUUCUCUCUCAUCACGCGCAAAUUCUUACUGUAAUGUUGCUGUUUUCAUCGCUCAGUCUAAAGAAUAUCUCUAUCCAUUUGUGGAAGAAUUGCUAUGCUGCAAGAUAUCACACUGGGAUAAAAGCUUAAGGGAACUGGCUGGAAAGGCUCUUUCUGCUCUUGCAAAAUAUGAUCUUGAUUAUUUUGCAGGAUAUGUGCUUGAUAAGUUGGUUAGCUGCACUCUGUCAUUAGAUCUGUGCACGCGCCAUGGUGCAACACUGGCUGCUGGAGAACUUGUUUUAACCUUGCAUCAAUGUGGCUUUAAUUUUUCUACUGAGAAGCAAAAAUCUUUAUCAGGUGUUGUUCCUGCAAUUGAAAAAGCACGUCUUUAUCGGGGAAAGGGAGGAGAGAUCAUGCGUGCAGCUGUUUCCAGAUUCAUUGAAUGUCUCUCUCUUUCUGAAGUGUCCUUAUCCGAGAAAAAUAAGAAGAGUUUACUUGACACUCUAAAUGACAAUCUCAAGCAUCCUAAUGCCCAAAUCCAGAGCGCUGCUGUGGAGGCACUAAAGCACUUUGCUCGAGUAUAUCUUGUUUCAAGGGAUAAAGUUACUAAUGAUAUAGCUCUAAAAUACUUGGAGUUUUUAGAUGAUCCAAAUGUUGCUGCAAGAAGAGGUGGAGCAUUGGCUCUUGGUAAUUUACCUUACGACUUUUUGUGUGGAAGAUGGAUGACUGUUAUUAAAAAGCUCUGUAGUUCUUGUCUUGUUGAGGGCAAGCCUGAAGACCCAGAUGCUGAAGCACGUGUUAAUGCUGUUAGAGGGCUGGUUUUAGUAUGUGAAACAUUAAGUGGGGCUUCAAAUUGUCGACAUCAUGAAGAUGAAAUUUCUCUCUAUCUGUUGAUUAAGAAUGAAGUGAUGCAGACUUUGUUUAAAUCUCUUGAUGACUAUUCAGUAGAUAAUAGAGGUGAUGUUGGCUCUUGGGUCCGUGAAGCUGCCAUGGAUGGGCUUGAAAGGUGCAUUUAUAUACUUUGCAGGAGAGAUUCUGCAGGAUCCUUGAAGACUCCCGGUGUUCAGCAUCUUGUUGAGAUCACUGACAAAAACUCGGUUGCUUCAGAUGUGUAUCCUCUGGUAGAUAAAAUUAUUGCUACGAGCUUAGUUGGUGGGAUUGCAAAACAAGCUGUUGAAAAAAUGGAUCGACUUAGAGAUACAGCUGCUAGGACUCUCCAAAGGAUUCUAUACAAUCAACAUCAUUCAAUCCCAUCUAUACCUCACAGAGAUAUACUCCAAGAUAUUAUUCCGUUUGAUUCAAAUCUGAAAUGGGGGGAUCCUUCAGUGUCUUAUCCACGCUUUGUUCAACUGCUUCAUUUAAGUUGUUACAGCAGACCUGUACUUUCUGGGCUUGUUAUCUCCGUGGGUGGACUGCAAGAGUCCUUGCGUAAGGCAUCAACUGCUGCUUUGCUGGAGUACAUUCAAAAUUCAGAAGGUGACACCAUUGAGAACAGAAAUGUCCAAGCUUAUAAAUUAAGUACUGAUCUUAUUUGGAUCCUCCAAGAAUAUCAGAAGUGUGACAGAAUUAUCACUCCCACUUUUAAGACCAUCGAGAUUCUCUUGAGCAAGCAGGUCUUCCUUAAUAUGGAGGGCCAUAUGCAGUCCUUUGGUGCUGCACUUUUGAAUUCUCUGGCGAUUGAGUUGAGGGGUUCAAAGGAUUUCACUAAGUUGUGUACCGGCCUUUCAGUUCUUGGAUAUGUUGCUUCAUUUGAGGAACCUAUAAAUUCUCGAGCAGUAUCUCAACUUUUAUUUUUCCUUGCUCAUCGGUAUCCAAAGAUACGAAGAGCUGCAGCCGAUCAAGUUUACCUUGUUCUCUUGCAAAAUGAAAACUUGUCGUCUGAGGACAGAAUCGAGAAGGCCCUUGAAAUCCUUUCUGAGACUUGCUGGGAGGGUGCAAUAGAGGAAUCAAAGCUUGGAAGAUCGCAUUUGUAUGAGACGGUCGGUAUAGAGCCAGAUACUAUGCUCAAGACUAAAGCAACAGCAGUCAGUAAUAGUGCGAAGAAGUCUGUAACUGAUGAUGAAAAUGCUUCUUACUCUUCAUUAGUUGAAUCCAGCGGAUUCUAAUUUACAACAUUGGCCAUCAGUUUGUUGUAUGUACAUCA